AUGUCCGACAACGUCUACAUCGUAGCAGCCGCCAGAACACCAAUUGGAUGUUUCUUGGGCUCCCUGUCCUCUAAAACCUAUGUCGACCUAGGUACAACCGCAGUGAAGGGUGCUUUGGCCCAAGUUCCUCAAAUCAACCCAGCUGACGUUGAAGAAAUAUUCUUUGGUAACGUUUUGCCCGCCAAUGUUGGUCAAGCUCCAGCUAGACAGGUUGCUUUGGGGUCUGGACUAGGUAAUCACAUUGUUGCCACCACUGUUAACAAGGUUUGUGCUUCUGGUAUGAAGGCAAUCAUUUGCGGUGCUCAAACAAUCAAAUGUGGUAACGCGGACAUUGUGGUUGCUGGUGGUGCCGAGUCUAUGACCAAUACUCCCUACUACAUGCCAGCUGCCCGUGCUGGUGCUAAAUUCGGUGACGCUAACUUGGUUGACGGUAUUCAAAGAGAUGGUUUGAACGACGCUUACGACCACCAAGCAAUGGGUGUUCACGCCGAAAAGUGUGCUAAGGACUACCAAAUUACUCGUGAAGAUCAAGACAACUUUGCAAUUGCUUCCUAUCAAAAAGCCCAAAAGGCUCAAGCUGAAGGUAAGUUCGACCGUGAAAUUGUACCUGUGACCAUCAAGGGCUUCAGAGGCAAGAAGGAUACUUUGGUGACCAAUGACGAAGAACCUGCAAAGCUAAAUGUUGAGAAAUUGAGAUCCGCAAGAACCGUGUUCCAAAAGGAAAACGGUACUGUCACCGCUCCAAACGCUUCUCCUAUCAACGAUGGUGGUGCUGCAGUGAUUCUUGUCUCUGAACGCAAGCUAAAGGAGCUAAACUUGAAGCCUCUUGCCAUUAUUAAGGGUUGGGGUGAAGCUGCUCAUGAACCUUGUGACUUCACCUGGGCUCCUAGUUUGGCCAUUCCAAAGGCUUUGAAGCACUCCGGCUUGAAGGACGUUAACGACGUGGACUUUUUCGAAUUUAACGAAGCCUUUUCUGUCGUUGGUAUUGCCAACCCUAAGAUAUUGGGAAUUCCUUUGGAAAAGGUGAAUGUUUACGGUGGUGCGGUCGCUAUCGGCCACCCAUUGGGUUGCUCUGGUGCCAGAGUGGUCGUCACCUUGAUCUCCGUCUUAAUUCAAGAAGGCGGUAAAGUCGGUGCUGCUGCCAUUUGCAACGGUGGUGGUGGUGCAUCUUCUAUCAUCAUUGAGAAAGCUUAG